CUGUAUAUUAUUCACGAGAACGUGAGUAACUAGUGUAGUUGAGAGAUUGCCGUUGAUCGAACGACAAGUUAGUUUAGUUUCAUCGUUUGUUUGUGAUUUAUUUUAUUUAUUGACACAAUGUUCAAGUGGAUUGGUCUUGCACUUUUGUGUAUAAUUGCCGAGGGUUUCGCUAAACCCACGAUCUAUAAAAGAAAUGAAGACAACAUCUUUGAACCAGUUAUGGUACCUGUAUCCUCAACGGUGAUUCCUCUUCCCGUUUACAAGGUCGGGUAUGGAUAUGGUUUCGUAUCGAAGGACAAAAAGUCUCAGAGUAUUUAUAAUCCCGAUGAGAAUGUCAAGUUAAUCACAGUGAAAAAAGUCAUUGAGAAACUUUGAUCGACUUCUCCAAUUGGAUAAAAAAAUAAAUCCCUUCAGAAGAUAUUUUCUUCGGAAGCUGCACACCAAAAACUAACUUAAACUAUAAUUCUGUAGCUAUGAUGAUACAAUUGUUAAUAAAUUAAUAAAAUUAUAACUCAGAUUA